AUGGCCAUGGCCAAUGCUGGAGCAGCCUUUGGGUUGGAAGACGUGCCGGAUUUGCCUGAAGCACCCACGGAACAGCCCAAGUACAACCGGGAUUACCAUCGUCUCUUCGUCAAAUUCAUGAGCUGGCUGCACAAGAGGACGUACACCAAGGCGGCUCGCUUCCAACCUAGUGCUUUGGCCGGCAUCCAACCACACCACGUUGCCGACUACUUGAAAUGGCGUGCGUAUGGUGCCACAUGGAAUGGAACCUCCGGCAAUCCAACCAAGUCCGAUCCUGUGAACGAAGUGGUCAAGGAAGUCAAGAAAGCGGAGACUCAACACCGCGGCAAGAAGUCCUGUGCCACCAGGGAUUUGACGGAAACAGAGUAUCGCAAGGUGGUCCAUGAACUCUACGGCAAAGGGAGCUUUGAAUCGACCAUCCGUACAGCCUGCAUGUUGAAGCAGCAAGUCCAUCUCAUCACCAGGACGGAUGACAUCUCCAAGUUGAAGUAUUCCGACUACAAGCCGCAUCCAGACUUCCCUUUUGCGCUCAGUUGCAAGGUGCAUUGGUCCAAGAAUAUUUCGGAAGAACGACAAUGCCCCGACCAAAUCAUUCUUGGGUCGAUGGAUACCGACUUUUGUGCUAUGCUCGGAUUGGCGAAUUACAUGGAGGCGUCCUUCAACUACGGGUAUGGCGCCGCUGGUCGGGAAGAUGCAUUCCUCUUUACUCCCGAAAGCGAUCCCAAGUUGGCUCCCAAGCACUGCAACGCAGCCUACCGCAACAUUCUCAAGGCUGUCUUUUUGUCGGCUCCAUUUCUGGCUGUGGCGCUCCUCAUUGCUAGUGUUCUUGGGAGUCACAGCAUUCGGAAGUUUGCUGCAACUCUGGCAAGAGGGAUGGGUGCUACUGCUGACGAAGUUGACAUUCGAGGUCGCUGGAAGGCUCGCUUGUCUGGACGGGUUGUUGAUGCCUACAUUUCGCCUGAACAGCCCUGGAUCGACGCUCGUGUUGCCGAAAAGCUUGCAUGGGGGCUCUAUUGCCUACAAGCUACACCGGAUGCCAAGAGAGUGACUCCCGACUGGUUGAUUGAGCAUGUGGUGCCAAGGACACACGCCUUUUACGACGGUGUCAACGACAUUUCGCUUCACUUGGCUCUGCCUCUGUUGUGGGCUGCUCUUGACGAAUCUUGGGAGGAGAGGAUGGAGCCUCCGUUCGUGUUAGGAUCCAAGAUGCGUACGAGCGCAUCAAGGCCGAUAUUCCUGUUGGCAUCAACCCUGUGGUGAAAGUGCCUCUCUCUAUUUGGACGCACAACACCAAGCUCCACAUCAAUGAAAUCGAGCCGAUGGAUACGGGAGGCGGCGGUGGCACGGCUGGUGGCACUACGG